UUCGAGUACAACCUGGCCGCCCUCUCCUCUUGGGUGGAGUUCACGCUGGAGAAGCUUCUCUUCCCAGAGCUGAAGCAGAUCACCUGGCUGAGUACUGUAGGGUUGUUGAUGGUGAUCUUUGGGGAUUGUCUGAGGAAAGCGGCCAUGCUCACAGCUGGCUCCAACUUCAACCAUAUUGUUCAGAAUGAGAAAUCGGAUACUCAUACUUUGGUGACAAGUGGGGUGUAUGGGUGGUUCCGGCACCCAUCUUACGUGGGAUGGUUUUACUGGAGUAUUGGAACACAGGUGUUGCUCUGCAAUCCCAUCUGCGUGGUGGGCUACGCGCUGGCGUCCUGGCGCUUCUUCAGGGAGCGGAUCGAGGAGGAGGAGAUCACGCUCAUUCACUUCUUUGGAGAAGAGUACCUGGAAUACAAAAGGAAGGUGCCAUCGGGUCUCCCUUUUAUUAAAGGAGUCAAAGUGGAACUGUAA